AUGUUUAGUGUUGGACCUGGAUCGGUUUUGCGUGGUCCCUUGGAAAAUGCAUCCGCUGAUGCAGUGACACCAAAGUUGAAUUGUGAAUUUCAAGGUUGUCCCAUUGAACUGCUUCAACCCCCUGAAGAUUGCAAUGUGAACUCUUCACUGUCCUUCACCCUACAGAUCUGCCAAGUUGAUGAUAUCCUUGUUGAAGGCCUUAUAGUAGGAUCUGUUGUUCAUUUCCAUAGGGCGAGGACAAUCUCUGUCCUGUCUUCUGGAACAAUUAGCACGUCUGGGAUGGGCUGCAGAGGGGGUGUGGGUCAAGGAAAAGUUUUAAGCAACGGCCCUGGUAGUGGUGGCGGGCAUGGUGGUAAAGGUGGAGUUGGUUGUUAUAAUGGCAGCUGCAUUGAGGGUGGUAUAUCGUAUGGAGAUGCAGACUUGCCUUGUGAACUUGGUAGCGGAAGUGGGAAUGACAGCUUGGCUGGUGCAUCCUCUGGUGGUGGUAUUUUAGAUAAAGUUGAGGAAAAGGUUGCUGGAAGUGCAUGA